UUAGCUCGACUUAAUAUAAGGAACAGUGCUAUACAUGAGAUCAUGGUUAUGGGAUCUAUGAAAUCAACGUACAUGGAAUAUUCUCCCUAGGCCAUUCAAUUAGAUUCAUACAGCGCAGCUGAGAAUCCGAGCGUUCCUGCGCUAGCCUCAUUGCAAGGCACCCACUGUCCUGCACCCACAAUCAACGCCCAAAAAAUGGGUUGCCGACUGACCCCGAGCCCGCGGAAGGGGCCUUACGCGGCGGAAAAGGCGGCGGAACUUUCGGCGAGAAGCGAUCGAUCAGACCCGUUGUCUCGGGACACAAUAGCGUGGGAAACAUGCCCUCUCAGGCUUUUCUCGAAUCGUGAUCCCUGCUUCGUGAUGAUGUCCGGAGCAACACGCGCCUUGCCCUUGUCUUUAGGCUUUCUUUGUUCUCGUCCUCGCUGGUAUACCCUCAUCCUCUGCCGACUCGCGUCUCGGGACUAGCAUCGUGCUUUCGGGUAGACACCAGCGAUAUGCCGCCUGUGCGCCUGCGAGAGCCGAGGUUGCUGUAUUCUUCGUUCUCGGCCGAUGAAGGGAAGAAAGUCGGGGUUUUGGAGGAUGCUGAUGAGGUUGCUGUUGGGACCGAGGCCGCCUUUGCGCUCUUUGCUUCCUCCAUUCCCUUGCCGAAUGCGUGCACACCCACCAGACGCAGACGACGCAGACGACAUGCCCCCACUCGUCGACGCGCCUGCCCUCCCUGACGCCGACUGGUCGCAUGUGGCGGCCCAAGAAUCGAUGAUGUCGUCCAUCGAUUUUAGCAGCGUCACCUUCGCCAACCGGACACACGGCCCAUUUGCUUCUACCUCCGCAGCCGUUUCCACAUCCCUCAAUGGUUUUGACGACGGUCUUGUCGACCAGAUCGACUUCGACACAGAUUUGCCGCCCGUGAGCAAGGCCGCGGAGCGGCGUGCACCAUCGUACAUCCCCCGUCCACCCAACGCGUUUAUCCUCUUCCGGUCGCAUUUCAUCCGGACCCAGAGUGUGCCCGAGCGUGUGGAGGGGAACCACAGCGUGCUCAGCAAGAUCGUCGGCAAGUAUUGGAAAGCGCUACAGCCCGAAGAGCGGGCGCAGUGGGAGGACAGGGCACGUGCAGCCCAGGCCGAGCAUCGGCGGCGGUAUCCCGAUUGGCGGUUCCGACCCGGAAACGUCAGCAAGAGCACAACAUUCGUCAUGAAUACUGGGCAGCCUCGUGGCCGGCGGAAAGGCCGUAUCAAGGACGACGGGGGUGGAGAACCACCCCCACCUCCAGCGAAUACUGCUUCAGAUGAGGCUGCGGACGAGGAUACCCUCGCGCCAAAUGACGUAGCGGUGACGCUAGCGAAUGAUGAGCUAGAAGAGCGAGGACGCUCGAAGAAACGACGUGCUACGACCUCCGCCUCAGCCUCACCGACCGUCGUGCGACCAACAACAGGACCUAUCACGCGAUCUGGACGCACACGAGCGACAACUGUUACAAUCACACCUCCCACAGUCAAGUCUCCCAAAAGCAAGAGCCGUGUAGCCGUAGUGAAGGGCAAGGGCAAGGGCAAGGCACGUGCCCUGAGUCAGGAUGCGGCAGUAAAGACCCAGGAGGCCAGCGAGACUAAAGAAGAAAAAGACAAGAGAGAUCGAGACAAUGCUCGAUGCGAGAAGAUCGCCAAUCUGCUAGUCGAGGGCAAGUCUGGGCCGGCGUUGGCAGCUGCUGUCGCUGCCUGGGAUGCAGAUCAGAGCCGUGUCGAUCUUGAGCAGCAUCAUAAGCGCCGGCGCUCAUCUUCGGCUGAAGGUCUAGUUGCUGUUCCCAAGCUGAUCAGGCGUCCAUCUUCCGGUGCAUCGUCUGCCGAAGAGGAUUUCCACAUCACAACUCCGACGUACGACGAGUCGAAGUCGACCUUCUCGCCCUGGGGCCCGCCGUCGUCGCCUUAUCCACAGCAGAUGUCUCCGACGUCACCGUACACCCCGUCCUCCCCGUUCCUUCCGCAUCAGUCCCCUGUGCCGGCUCAGGUUCAAGCCUAUGCGCCAACGAGCUUCCCCCCAGAUGUCCCGCUGACUCAAAUGUUCAAACGCUCAUCGAGUGCUCCGUGCCGCGGUCGGGCAUCGUGCCCCGAUGGCCAUACGCAGCACACCGCUGGUCUAAGCGUCCCGAGCGUUGGACCCAUGAUCACGCCAGCGACCCAACGUGGCCCAGACCCAGUGUACACUCAGGAGCAGCAGCAGCCUUGGGCGCCAGGCCACACGCGCCGGGACACUAUUUCGCUGCCCGUCAUGCAGCAGGAGUACUUCCAGUCGUUGCCCGUCAGCGUUUCCGAAUAUCGUCCGCCCGGGCACGCCAGUUACCCGGAUCCUACACACGUGCCUGUACAUCCGGGUCCCGGUCCGAAUGUGCGAUAUCGCGAGACGGCGACGUCAAGUGCAUGGUGGCAUCGGGCGCGAGAGACACAUGACAUUGAGACGGACUACUCGCCUGCGGAGGAGAACGGAUGGGGCGAUCGAGGAUUGGGGUCGUUCUCUGUAAGCUUGCCGCCGUUCUCUGUUACCGGAGCUGACGGCGAUGGUGAACAGCAAGCUGGGCGUCAGGCAACGCCUUCGCCGACGAUGUCAACCCAUGCCUCUCCGCUGCAAGUAAAGAUGGACAUCCCAGCGCAGUUCUCUAUCUCCAACUUCUCUUCUCUAUCUGGCUGGGCUGGCCCACAUCAGGACCAGCACCGCUCCCGGGCAGCUGCUCCUGCCUCCAGCUGGAAUGCAUUCAGCGGAUACGUCUUUCCUCCCAAGGACGCCUCUGCAUCCUCACCAACCGAUGAUUAUCAUACGGGAUCAGACUGGGGGCACCACUAGCUGCUCUCGUCUUUUCUUUUGACGACUGACUGACUUUACGACCUUUUCACGAUCAUAGACACUGUAACCUGGAACUUCUCGUUUCUCAUCCUACAUCCUCUGAAUUUUCGACUUAUCACACCCACUGGAACCAUCCUUCGACUUUAUACUGUACAUAUCUUAUGUAGCUGCGUGUCCCCAAGUUCGCUGUAUCUAUUCUCCUGUUUGUAUUCUUUCCCGCUCAUUCACGUAUAACUCGAUCGAUCUUAUUCAAUCUACAUAUCAGAAUGAUAAACUAGGCUCUGAAUUUAUGGCUUCCGCCCAAUCAUAUAUCGAA